CCUGGACUGUGAGCCUCACGGCUCUUGUCCUCCUCCGCCCACCACGUUUGUUUGGACUUAAUCUUCAGGGUUCCGGCGCCCGCCAGCCCGCUGGCCUCGCGGGGUGAGAGGGGAGCACUGGCGCUUGUGGCUGGCGCCUGCCGGGUCCGGACACCCGCCCGUCCGCGCCGCUUGCCUACGGCUGCCGCGUCCCUGAACCGCGUGUUUGUGUUUGACCCGUGGGCGCCGGCGGCGGGGCGCGCGGCCGAGGCCGGUGCCGGUGCCGGCGAGGCCGGGCGGGCGCGGCAGAGGAAGAGGGAGCGGAAGCGGGAGGCCUGCCGAGCCGGGCGCCACCAUGGAACUGGGCCCGGAGCUCCCGCACCGCCGCCGCCUGCUCUUCGCCUGCAGCCCUCCUCCCGCGCCGCAGCCCGUCGUGAAGGCUCUGUUUGGCGCGCCAGCCGCUGGGGGACUGUCGCCUGUCACCAACCUGACGGUCACCAUGGACCAGCUGCAGGGACUGGGCAGUGAGUAUGAGCUGCCACUGGAGGUGAAAAACAAUCUGCAGAGAAUGGGCUCCUCUGAGUCAACCGAUUCAGGUUUUUGUCUGGAUUCUCCUGGGCCAUUAGACAGUAAAGAAAACCUUGAACAUCCCAUGAGGAGGAUAAAUUCCCUACCUCAGAAACUUUUGGGAUGUAGCCCAGCUCUGAAGAGGAGCCAUUCUGACUCACUUGACCAUGACAUCUUUCAGCUCAUUGACCAGGAUGAGAACAAGGAAAAUGAAGCCUUUGAGUUUAAGAAGCCAAUAAGACCUGCGUCUCGUGGCUACCUGCACUCUCAUGGACUUGAGGAGGGUAAAGAUCUCUUCGCACAGAGGCAGAACUCUGCCCCAGCUCGGAUGCUUUCAUCAAAUGAAAAAGAUAGCAGUGAACCAGGAAGUUUCAUUCCUCUUUUUAUGCCCCAGUCACCUGUGACAGCCACUUUGUCUGAUGAGGAUGAUGGCUUCAUGGACCUUCUCGAUGGAGAGAAUCUGAAGAAUGAUGAGGAGACCCCAUCAUGCAUGGCAAGCCUCUGGACAGCCCCCCUUGUCAUGAGAAGAACUACAAACCUUGGCAACCGAAGUAAGCUGUUUGACUCCCCUUCCCUGUGUAACCCCACCACUCGGUUAACGUUAAAGAGAACAGAACGAUCACAAGAGGAGUCUUCACCAGGAAAUCCAAAGCGGAGGAAAAGCAUAGCUGGAGCCAGCCCCAAAGAAGCAGCUAGUCCAGAGAAGGCCCAGGAGAUUCUACAUCAGUCUUUAUCCCUGGUAUCUUCCCCAAAAGGAACCAUUGAGAACAUCUUGGACAAUGACCCAAGGGACCUUAUAGGAGACUUCUCUAAGGGUUAUCUCUUUCAUACUGUCGCUGGGAAACAUCAGGAUUUAAAAUAUAUCUCUCCAGAAAUUAUGGCAUCUGUUUUGAAUGGCAAGUUUGCCAACCUCAUUAAAGAGUUUGUUGUCAUUGACUGCCGAUACCCAUAUGAAUAUGAGGGAGGCCACAUCAAGGGUGCAGUGAAUUUGCACAUGGAAGAAGAGGUUGAAGACUUCUUACUCAAGAAGCCUAUUGUUCCUACUGAUGGCAAGCGCGUCAUCGUUGUUUUCCACUGUGAAUUUUCGUCUGAGAGAGGUCCUCGCAUGUGUCGGUAUGUGAGAGAAAGGGAUCGACUUGGUAACGAGUACCCCAAACUCCACUAUCCUGAGCUGUAUGUCCUGAAGGGGGGAUACAAGGAGUUCUUCCUUAAAUGUCAGUCUCACUGUGAGCCUCCCAGCUACCGACCUAUGCACCAUGAGGACUUCAAAGAAGACCUGAAGAAGUUCCGCACCAAGAGCCGGACCUGGGCAGGGGAAAAGAGCAAAAGGGAGAUGUAUAGUCGCCUGAAGAAGCUCUGAGGGCAACAGGAACAGACAGCAGCAGCCUGAGCUUCCCUCCAUCCCCACUUUUCCCUCUUUGCUGCAGAGAAACUCAAGCAAAGGGGCCAGCUACAUGAUAUCUGGAGAAGAGGCCUGGGGCUCCUACUCCUUGAACCUGCCUCUGGGCUCCCAAGGUUGGAGCCCAGGGCAUUUUGCUGGCUGUGCCUCUUCUGUCCCUGUAAGUCGUCUUCCUUCCACAUCAGUACUAUCUGUCAAGGCUACGUGCCACAGCACAGUUCUGAGCACCACGUCAAGCUAUUCUGACCCACCGUGGGACACAGCAGCUGGGGCCUCACUGGGCUCUGGCCUUCUCAUGAGGGAAGGGGAAGAGGGAGGAGGAAUAGAAAGAAGUCACAGACAAGAGUAUCGAAUAUCAAAGACAACCUGGGAUGGAAAGGUCUUCACGGGAUAAUUCAAAUCUUUAAUUUAUUCAUUUUCAUCAAUCACUUUUUUUUAACUCAAAGAGACUUUACUGCUUUAUAGGUCAUAAUACUGCCAUUCUAGGUAGGGUUUUAUUAUCCCAGGGACUACCUCAGCUUUUAAUUU